AUGAAGCCUUCUACUGCUGUCUUCCUGGCUUCGGCCUCUGUUGCGCAGGCUCUCCAACAGUGCUCCUCUGGUACUGCCACCGAGGAGGGUGGUAACUGGUGGUGUGGCGUUGUGGAACAGAUCCUCUACUCCAACGUCGGCCACCCUGGCACUUACAAGGCUGUAUCUAACAUGGGCGACGAUGGCUCUUGCAGCUUUGAAGAUGUUGCCUUCUCUGGUCCCUUGGCCCCCUUCAAUGAGGAGCUCACUCCUCUCUUCCGUGGUCCCAUGAACCUCAAGCAAGUUGCCGUGUACAACCUCAAGUCCAGCGCCAAGCGUUCUCCCGCCGUGUCUCACACUCACGCCCGCCGCCACGGUCACCACCACUUGCACAAGAAGCAUGCUGAGGCUCAUGACAACAAGGAGGAGAAGCGCGAUGUCUGGGUCACUGCUACCAUCGACGGCAUUGUCCAGUCUUGGAUCAACAACUGGAACCCAGCCGCCACUCCGAACGUUGCCCCUGUGGCUAACACUCCGGCUGUUGCUCCCAUCGUGGCGUCCACUCCUACUCCCGCUGCUGUCUCUCAGCCUCCUGUUAUUGCUGCCGCCGCCGCCUCCAAGCCCUCCAGCUCCAGCAAGGCCAGCCCCAGCAAGGUCAGCACCUCCACUGGAAGCUCCAGCGGCGAAUACAGCCGUGUUGCCUACUACAACGCCGACCAGGGUGUCGCUGACGGCCUCGUCUUCCUCGGCAACUACGGUGGUCAGGGCUCUGGCAAGUUCGACAACGUCUUCGGUAACUCUCUGUCGUACCUCAACUCUGAUGCCAGCGGUGGCGCUGCUUCUCCCGAGGUCCUGAACCCCGUCUACCUCCCCUCCAACAAGGAGUUCGCCAUCUACAGCGACAAGGAGUGCACCGACGGCAGCUGCGGAUACUACCGCCCGGGCUCUGUUGCCUACCACGGCUUCAAGGGCGAGGACUCUGUCUGGCUCUUCGAGUUCAACAUGCCCAUGGACGGUACCGCCGGUUUCAACGCUGACAUGCCGGCCCUCUGGUUCCUGAACGCCAAGAUUCCCCGCACCGCUCAGUACAACUCUUGCUCUUGCUGGCCCGCGUGCGGUGAGCUUGACAUCUUCGAGGUUCUCGCUGCUGGCGACACCAAGUGCAAGUCCACCUUCCACUCCAACGUCCCUGGUGGCUCUUCCGACUACUUUGACCGUCCCACCGGCGAGCCUAUCAAGGUUGCGACUGUUCUCGACGGCGACUCCGGUCAGGUCUCUGUCAAGGUCCUCGACAGCAGCGUCGACUUCUCUGCCGGUCUGACCCGCGAGCAGGUUGAGGGCUGGCUCUCUACUACCUCCAUCGCCUCCACGAGCGGCAACAACAAGGUCAGCUUGUUCGCUCUCUCCAGCUAA